GUGGUGAGAGUCGCACGGCCACGAAAGCGACCGUUCCGGACCUCGAACCUCCCUCCGUAAGAGCACGGUCUUUCCGCGACCGCGUCUUUUUGCUCCGGCCGUCUCGCGAUGCCGUCGUUUCCCCAGUUCAAUCCGUUGCGCAUACGAUCCUACGUCCUGCGCUUACCCCUGUGCACACGAGUGCUUCUGACGAUUAUUGUUGCGCUAUGGGUUGCGACGAUACCUUUUGCAUGGUUGAGAGAAUGGGCGAGCCUGGAACCGGAUAAGGUGAAUUUCGGGACGAUGCACCGCCUAAACCUCUUCCCCCUCAUCCACCUCGGCUUCUUCCACAUGAUCUUCAACAUCAUCGCCCUAGCCCCUCUCCUCGAGCGCUUCGAAUCCGAGUUCGGCACGCUGGUUACAUUGCUUCUCUUCACCGGACCAUUUGGCACCCUCCCAGGCGGCAUCUACACGCUGCUCGAGAAAUUCAUACUCCGAAGCAACACGACCGUCAUGGGCGCAAGUAUCUGGGUAUUCCUCCUCCUCGCCUCGGAAGCCAUGAAAACCCACAAGGCGAAUCCGCACUUCAGCAUCGGACCCUACAAAAUCCCCACCUGGACGACCCCCCUCAUCCUCAUCCUCCUGACCAGCAUCCUCGUCCCCAACGUCAGCCUCAUCGGGCACCUGUGCGGCGCAGGGAUCGGAUACCUCUGGGCAACAAACACCAUCAAAUUCCUCGUGCCCCCCGAGAAACUCCUCCGCUGGCUCGAAGCCAAACUCAACCUCCUGGGCCGCCUGCCGCACUACGUCUCCGUAGACCAGAAGACGUACGGCCGGUAUGGCGUUUUGCCUAGCAGCACUGCAUCGGGCGGCGCGGGGCCGACGAGUCCGUUGCCUCGGUCCGCGGCGACGGGGACGCUGACGGGGACGGGGAAGGAGGGGGUGAGGUUAGGGCCGUAGGGAGGGGGUCUGUUUUUGUGUUGGAUGGGUUGUGGGGAGGUGGGGUUCGGGCAUUGGGUGGCGUUUGUUGGUUUGUUGGCUUGUUGGAUGGGAUUGUAAUUUGGGUUAUGAGGGAAGAUAUAAGGGGAUUAAUACGAGAUUAGUUAUGGCGAGGAAGGUAAGGAAGAGGGGAUUGCAUUGGUUUGGGUUUUGUUAUUUAGACUGGAUGAUAUAGAGGGUUUCGCUCUUGACGGGCGGGCACGUGAGUAAUGAUCAGAAAAUGGACUCGUAACUCCC